AUGGAUAAUAAGGCUGCUGCUGAUCAGAGAAGAAACAAAUACAAGAACAAGGAUGCAUUCCAGUCUGAGCAAGUCCGGAAUCGUCGUCAGAAGCACACUGUCGAGCUGCGAAAGCAAAAGCGAGAAGAGAAUCUGUCCAAGCGUAGAAACAUGAAUUUGGGUGCAGCUCCCAUGGCCGAUAGCGACGAUGAAUCUGGUGCCAUUGAGUCAACUGAGCUUCAGCAGUUGCUUAUGGCGCUCGUCGAGGCUGUGAAUUCGGGUGAUGUGGAACGGCAAUACGAAGCAACGACUCGAUUCAGAAAGCUCUUAUCCAAGGAACGUAAUCCUCCUAUUCAAGAAGUCAUCAGCACGGGUGUCGUCCCCAGAUUUGUCGAGUUUCUUCAUUCACGUCAUGGUCUUCUUCAGUUUGAAGCGGCUUGGGCUUUGACCAACAUUGCAUCUGGAACAUCAGACCAAACACGUGUAGUGGUUCAAGCAGGUGCUGUUCCCAUCUUUGUACAGUUGCUUGGUAGCGAAGUGAUGGAUGUCAGGGAACAGGCUGUUUGGGCACUUGGCAACAUUGCUGGUGAUAGCACCGAUUGCAGAGAUUUCGUAUUGGACAAUGGAGCCCUUCCACCCCUCUUGAAUAUCCUCAAUGAGAAUCAUAAAUUAUCCAUGCAUCGCAACGCUACUUGGACGCUUUCGAAUCUUUGCCGUGGUAAAAACCCUCAACCUAAUUGGCAAAAGGUGUUGCCUGCUCUUCCUGUACUUGCCAAAUUAAUCUAUUCUACGGAUGAGGAGGUGUUGAUCGAUGCAUGCUGGGCUAUUUCAUACCUUUCGGAUGGACCUAAUGAUCGAAUUCAAGCUGUGAUCGAAUCGGGUGUGUGUCGUCGACUUGUCGAAUUGUUGAUGCAUCCUACAACUUCAGUACAAACCCCUGCUCUUCGUUCGGUUGGUAACAUUGUCACUGGUGACGAUCUUCAAACACAGGUGGUGAUCAAUUGUGGCGUUCUUCCUGCACUUUUAUCCUUGCUUUCGAGCAGCAAAGACGCUAUUCGGAAAGAAGCUUGCUGGACGAUCUCCAACAUCACUGCUGGCAACGUUGCACAAAUCCAAGCUGUCAUUGAUUCCAAUAUCGUCCCUGUCCUUGUGCACAUCCUUGCAACAGCUGAUCUCAAGACGCGUAAGGAAGCAUGUUGGGCCAUUGUCAAUGCAACAUCGGGUGGUCUUAACAAGCCUGAACAAAUCCAAUACAUUGUAUCACAAGGAUGCAUCAAGCCUUUGUGUGAUGUGCUGACGACGAUGGAUAACAAAAUCAUUCAAGUGGCUCUGGAUGGUCUUGAGAACAUACUAAAGGUCGGCGAACUUGAACGUCCCAAUGAUCCCGAUGGCCUCAAUCGUUAUGCUAUGUACAUUGAAGAAUGCGGUGGUUUGGAGAUCAUCCAUCAAAUGCAAGCUCAUGAAAACAACGACAUUUAUAACAAGGCAUACAACAUCAUCGAUCGUUACUUUUCUGAGGAGGAUGAAGGUGAGGAGAUGGCAGAUGCGGCCAACAUCCAAUCCUUUGGUUUCCAAAACAAUGUCAACGUACCUCAAGGUGGUUUCAAUUUUGGUCCUCAGUAA